AUGAAGAUGGCUGACGGUUCCACAAUUUUGCGACGAAACAGACCCGGAACAAAGGCAAAGGACUUUUCUAACUGGGCCGAUGAAGUGUUCGAGGAAAUGGAUAGCACGCUUGCCGUGCAGCAGUACAUCCAGCAGAUGAUCAAGAAGGACCCUUCGAAUGUGGACCAAAUUCUUACCAUGCCGGACGGGCAGGAUGAGGGUGUGUGGAAGUAUGAACACCUCAGACAAUUUUGCAUGGAAUUGAACGGGCUGGCGGUGAGGCUACAGACGCAGUGCUUUCCGGCCACUUGCACCCAGAUGACCGCGACCGAGCAGUGGAUUUUCUUGUGUGCUGCACACAAAACACCCAAAGAGUGUCCGGCAAUUGAUUACACCCGACACACGCUCGAUGGUGCUGCGUGCUUGUUGAAUAGUAAUAAGUAUUUCCCCAGCAGGGUGUCCAUCAAAGAUUCGUCGGUAGCAAAGCUAGGCUCGGUGUGUCGCCGGGUGUAUCGAAUUUUCUCGCACGCCUACUUCCACCAUCGGCGAAUAUUUAACGAGUUCGAGGAGGAGACAUCGCUCUGUCUCCGGUUUACCAACUUCGUCACGAAGUACACGCUCAUGUCGAAGGAAAAUCUGAUCGUUCCCAUUCCGGAAUGUGAGCUUACUCCCGGCGAAAGUGAAGCCUAA